UAAAUGUUGUAACUUGUAACGGAAUUUAUGCCAACAAAAACAAUCAUUUUUACUUUUAAGAUUGGGUGUAUAAAUUUCAUUCAAACGUUAUAUGUUAAAGUUAAUUAUAAUGGCGGAAUUCAAGACUCCAGUUAAGAAAUCAGUGAUGCUGGUUGUAAACGAUAAACGUGAAAUUACAAUUCCACCUUCGCCCUUCUUAAAUCGCCUGGGCUACGGAACUGGUGUUUCUGUAAUGCAGUUAGUUCGGUCACCUAAAGCAGGAGAGAUACGAUCACCAUGGGCUCUCAAAAUGCUGAAUAAACGGGUAAAACCAAAUAAAGUGUACACAGAAAGACUCCAAGCUGAAGCUGAGCUAUUACAGAAAAUGUCCCAUCCAAAUGUUGUGGGGUUCCGAGCAUUUAGUAAGGGAAAGAUUCUUUACCUGGGCAUGGAAGCCUGUGAUUUAUCGCUUGGCGAUAUGAUUGAGAAGAGGGUUGAAGAUGGUGCUGAUGCUUUUGCACCAAAAUGCAUUUUAAAGGUUGCAGUUGAUAUUGGACAUGCUCUGGACUAUCUUCACACUAAAAUGAAAAUUUUACAUGGAGACAUGAAGUCAUACAAUAUAUUGGUGAAUGGAGACUUUGUUAUAUGCAAGUUGUGUGAUUUUGGAGUGACAUUACCUCUUGAUGAAAAUGGUAUUUUUGACAAGGAUAAAGCUGGGAAAGCUAUUUAUUAUGGUACAGAAGCAUGGAGUGCUCCUGAAGUACUGCAUGGAGGUAUUAUCAGCAACAAGACUGAUGUAUGGUCCUUUGGUCUAACAUUAUGGGAGAUGAUGUCCUUGUUGCCACCCCAUACCAACAUAGAAGAGGACUUUGACGAAAGUAUGGGCAGCAUAAAUGACAGUUACAUGGAUAAUGCUUAUGAGAUGUAUGGAACCCGACCAGCUUUACCUGCAACAAUAUCAGUACAAGAGUACAGCGGACCAGUAGCACUAUUUCAAGCUGCCACUGAAACAAAGGUCAAAGAUAGGCCUUCAGCUGCUGAAUUGGCUGCUGCUGCACAAUCCAUUGCUACUAGUAGCUGAGUAGCCAUGACUUACCAUGUUUCAGUUUAAUAUCUAUGAACGUCAUGUUGGCUCUAUAUAACUUCCAGGCUUAGUUUUUUAAAGCAUUUUAUGCCGAUUACAACCACAAUGGUCCUUUAAAAGUCUUAAAAAGCCGGCAACGGACUUGUGAUCCUUCUGGCAGUGUUCAUGGGCAGCGGUAUCACUUAACAUCAGGUGUGCCUCCUGCCAACUCUAUAUAAAGAAUUAUAGUAAAACUGGUUUUAGAGACAAGAGCGGCGGUGGAGUUGUAUGUAUGAAUGUAUUAAAACAUUAUUUUUAAAACACUUAUAUUUAAGUAACAUAAAUAAAAAUUUAACAACCUUAUAAUUAGGUAUAGUUUAUGAUACAGAGAUUAUUUUAAAUGAGAUAAAUGUUUUUGAGCGUGAGAUUAUACAUCGAGAUUCCUUUACAACAGAACGGCUGACUAGUAUUUACAAUAAAUGUAAUGUUAUGUUAUAUUGUGAAAUGUAUGACAAAAUAUAUUUUAGCAUCUACUGUGAGGUAUACUUAAGGCAAAUGGAUCUAUCGUGAUAUGGUUUUAAACAUAGUAUAAACCUCGAUUAGUUAAACCUUGUUUUUUCUUUAAAGUUAUACAAUAUCUUUUUGAGGCUUAUAAUAUGUUUAUUUAUAAAAGGAAUACAUCAAUUUAAAACGAAUGCUUGCUGUUUCUUAUAUAAUGUCAAGAAUGCUAAUUCUGAUGUACUCAACUGGUAGAAUACAGCAUUCAGUAAAGUUAAAUUAUUCCAGUCCUUGUUAUAUGAGCCAAAAAACCUAAAAACUUAUUUGGUAUGGCAUAGCCAAUUAAUAAAAAUAUUUAGUUCAAAUCGUUAACCUUUCUUUCUUGAAACUGGCAUAAAGUUAAAACUAUUGCCAUAAUAUAUUUAAAAAAAACCUCUAUUCUUUCUGGAUUUUUGAAGACAGUUAAACGCUUUUAACGCUUGUUCAUCAGAAUCAGCUUGAUCCACUAAUCGGUCCACUAUCCACUGGUCACGUGACCAAGCAUUUACAUAUAAAUAUAUGCUAUUUGACACCAUAUUUUACGUUAACAAUAAAGUUUUAUUGACAUAAAAUGGACAGUAUAUUAUCAUAGGAACAUUAUCCCUGUCUAUGUAAUUAUGGUGUCCAUUACAAAUAAUCUAAUUGGUUAAAUAUUUUAAUAACUUUAUAAAUUGUAUUUUCAUGUACUUGUUCCAACUUUUGAAAAAGGAAACAAAAUUUCUUGAUGGAGACAAUGUUGACCAAUCACAAUCAAGAAUUAAUUCCAUUUCCAAAAGUAUGCUUGUACCCAAAUUGCUUUAUAGGUGUGCCUUUUUAAUUAAAACUGGGAUAGUCUGUAACCGUUACUUAUGAUUAGAAACAUUAAAAAAAUAUUAUUUUUGAUAUAAAAUAAACAUACAUGGAUAAUACUUUUUGUCAAUAGUUUAGAAUGUUGAAUUAAUUAAUAAAAAAUUGACAUAG